UCAUCUCCCACUGCUUGUAAAAGCAAUUUUGCAGCUAAUUAGCCACUAGGAUUGCUUUUACAUGAAAGCUGAUCACCGGCUGAAAAAAACGAUACCAGGAUGAUGCCUGCAGCUGUAGGCAUCAUCCUGAUAGCCUCCCCCCCCCCCCCCCCCAGCUGCCUUCCACGCCCUUCUCAGGCAGUCCCGUGCCAACGGGGGGGGGGGAACAUGAGAAUGCAGCCGGUGUUUCUGCCAGAUGACCACAGAGCUGAUUGGAGACCGGAAUGGUGCCAAUCAUCUCUAUAGUCUAAGAAAUCGGAAGCUACAAGCAU